AUGUCUCGUUUCAAAAAUCCACAUCUUCGCACUUCUGCAUCGAAAAGCGUCUGCCGCAGAGAGGUCUUCUCAUAUCAAGCAGACAAACCAGAGGUUUCAGCACCAUGCUGUAGCCAAGAUCAGCUUGAACUUUUACACCAGCUCAAUGAAACAUUAGAAGCAUCUCUUCAUUCCAAAUCACCCUCGUCCGUGGAUGGAUCUGAAGACAGGUCAAGAUCAAAACGAAGAAGGAUUGUUGGUGAUGGAGGAUCACAGAUUGUUUGGACAGAGAUAGCACCCCGAGAGCCUUUACCUGCAUUGAAAUUGAUAUCCAACCAAGAGUCGGUGCCAAUAACACUUGAACCACGUCCUCCAAAACCACCAAAAUGUUAUCGAGAACGCGACUACGAAGAUGACCGUAAGGCGUCCGAAGAGAGGCGGCGGCGAGCGCAAGCUGCUGCCGUGGAUCUUGAAUGGUUGAUACAUGAAUCAAAGGUGCCUCAUCAGCCAUUUCCAGCUUCUACUGCAAAAGAAUGUCGAGCAAUCGCGAAAACACCUCUAGGGAUACGGCAUGAAACUGUACCUCCCAUUGCCCUGUUCGAGACGGUGCAGCCGCUCCGCAAAACACGACCUCCAGUACCUGUCUCGGAACUUGUGCACCAUCCUUACAAGGCAGCGAGAUUACCUUUGCCUAUGGCAAACAUCGGGAAAGGAUUGGACUCAGAUGUUGAUGAUGCUGGAAGAAAUCAACGGAUACCAAGCAUUGAAAUUGUUUGGGUGUAG